AUGUCUGUCUUCAAUAACUCUGCCCUUUAUCCUCAGUUCCUUUUAACAGGCUUCCAAGGAUUGGAGGCCAAGUAUAGUUUGAUCUCCCUCCCCUUCUGCCUGAUCUACAUCAUUUCCAUUGCAGGAAACAUUACCAUCCUCUUCAUCAUUCGGACAGAGCCCUCACUUCACCAGCCCAUGUACUACUUUCUGUCCAUGUUGGCCCUGACAGACCUGGGUCUGUCUACCGUGACCCUACCCACUAUGUUCAGUGUCUUUUGGUUUCAUGCCCGGGAGAUCUCCUUCAUUGCCUGUGCAGUCCAAAUGUACUUCAUCCAUGUGUUCUCCAUCAUUGAGUCAGCUGUGUUGCUGGCCAUGGCAUUUGAUCGCGUUGUGGCCAUCCGGGAGCCGCUACGCUAUUCAGCCAUCCUCACUAAUAGUGUAAUCAUUAAGAUUGGACUAGCCAGUGCUGGGAGAGCCCUUAUGCUGGUCUUCCCAGUCCCUUUCCUCUUGAAAAGGUUGCAGUUCCGUAGCAUCAAUACUCUCUCCUACCCCUUUUGUCUGCACCAGGAUCUCAUCAAGCUGACAGUGUCCAGCCGGAGGAUCAGCAGCAUCUAUGGCCUUAUGGUGGUCGUCUCCUCCAUGGGACUAGACUCAGUAUUGCUUCUGCUAUCCUAUAUGCUUAUCCUAGUCACAGUGCUGAGUGUGGCCUCCAAGGCAGAGCGUGUCAAAGCUCUCAACACCUGUAUCUCCCAUAUCUGUGCUGUGCUUACCUUCUACACACCUAUGAUUGGGCUGUCCAUGAUCCGCCGCUAUGGGCAGAAUGCCUCCCCAAUGGUCCAUGUGUUGAUGGCUGAUGUCUACCUGCUUGUCCCACCACUCAUGAACCCUAUUGUAUAUAGCGUCAAGACUAAGCAGAUUCGCCUGCGCAUUAUCAAGAAGUUCAAGAAGCAGAAGGGAUAG